ACCCCAGCUUCAGUCGUUAUCUCAGAAGAUCUAGGAUUCCGAGAUGUUUCCCUUGAAAGAUGCUGAAAUGGGUGCCUUCACCUUCUUUGCCUCGGCUCUGCCACACGACGUUUGCGGAAGCAACGGUCUCCCUCUCACACCAAAUUCCAUCAAAAUUCUCGGACGUUUUCAGAUCCUUAAGACUAUCACCCACCCCAGACUGUGUCAGUAUGUGGAUAUUUCUAGGGGAAAGCAUGAGAGACUGGUGGUGGUGGCUGAGCACUGCGAGCGGAGUCUGGAGGACUUGCUUCGAGAGAGGAAGCCCGUGAGCCACUCGAAGGUUUUGUGUAUAGCAUUUGAAGUGCUUGAAGGCUUGCAGUACAUGAACAAGCACGGCAUAGUACACCGGGCCCUGUCUCCUCAUAACAUUCUUUUGGAUCGAAAGGACCAUGUUAAAUUGGCUAAAUUUGGGCUUUAUCACAUGACAGCUCAUGGUGAUGAUGUUGAUUUUCCAAUUGGGUAUCCAUCGUACUUGGCACCUGAAGUCACUGCACAAGGGAUUUUCAAAAGUAGUGAUCACGGGCCAAAUGAAAAGCCAUUGCCUUCUGGACCCAAGUCGGAUGUCUGGUCUCUUGGAAUCAUUUUGUUUGAGCUUUGCAUGGGAAGAAAAUUAUUUCAGAGCUUGGAUAUUUCUGAAAGACUGAAAUUUUUGCUUACAUUGGACUGCGUGGAUGAUACCGUAACGGUUCUGGCUGAAGAGCAUGGUUGUCUGGACAUUAUAAAGAAUCUCCCUGAAAAUGUUCUUGGUCUUUUGAAGAAGUGCCUCACCUUCCCCCCUUCUAAAAGGCCGACUCCAGGGGACCUGCUGCAGGACAAGGUGUUCAGUGAAGUCUUGCACUUCUACACGCCGUUUAUCAAGCCGGCCAGUCUGUUUUCCUCUUCUCUGAGGUGUGCUGAUUUAAAUCUGCCAGAGGAUAUCAGUCAGCUGUGUAAAGAUGAAGACAGUGACUACCUGGCUGAAAGACCGAUCGAGGAAGUGUACUACCUCUGGUGUUUAGCUGGAGGUGAUCUGGAGAAAGAGCUUGUCAACAAGGAAAUUAUUCGGUCCAAGCCACCUAUCUGCACACUCCCCAAUUUCCUGUUUGAAGAUGGUGAAAGCUUUGGGCAAGGUCGAGACAGAAGCUUCCUGUUAGACGACACCACUGUGACGCUGUCAUUAUGUCAGCUAAGAAACAGGUUAAAAGAUGUCAGUGGAGAAGCGUUUUACCCACUCCUUGAAGACGAUCAGUCCAACCUGCCUCAUUCCAACAGCAGUAACGAGCUCUCUGCGGCUGCCACUCUCCCCCUGAUCAUCCGAGAGAGGGACACUGAGUACCAGCUCAACAGAAUCAUUCUCUUUGACAGGCUGCUGAAGGCUUAUCCAUAUAAAAAAAAUCAAAUCUGGAAAGAAGCACGAGUUGAUAUCCCUCCCCUUAUGAGAGGUUUGACUUGGGCUGCUCUUCUGGGAGUUGAGGGGGCUAUUCAUGCCAAGUACGACACCAUUGAUAAAGACACUCCAAUACCCACGGAUCGCCAGAUUGAAGUGGACAUCCCUCGCUGCCAUCAGUACGAUGAGCUGUUGUCAUCUCCCGAGGGCCAUGUGAAAUUUAGACGGGUGUUAAAAGCCUGGGUAGUGUCCCAUCCUGAGCUUGUCUAUUGGCAAGGUCUCGACUCCCUCUGUGCUCCGUUCCUGUACUUAAAUUUCAACAAUGAAGCCCUGGCUUACGCGUGUAUGUCUGCCUUCAUCCCCAAGUACCUGUAUAACUUCUUCUUGAAAGACAACUCACAUGUAAUACAAGAGUACCUGACCGUGUUCUCUCAAAUGAUCGCAUUCCACGACCCAGAACUAAGUAACCACCUCAAUGAGAUUGGAUUCAUCCCAGAUCUCUACGCCAUCCCGUGGUUCCUCACCAUGUUCACGCAUGUGUUUCCGCUGCACAAAAUCUUCCACCUCUGGGACACCCUGCUGCUUGGGAACGCCUCCUUCCCCUUCUGUAUCGGAGUAGCGAUUCUUCAGCAGCUGAGAGACCGGCUUCUGGCUAAUGGGUUCAACGAGUGCAUCCUUCUCUUCUCCGACUUACCAGAAAUCGACAUUGAACGUUGUGUGCGGGAAUCCGUCAGCCUGUUCUGCUGGACCCCUAAAAGCGUCACUUACAGGCAGCACGCCCAGCCCCCACGCCUGCCCACCGAGAGUGCUGUGGGCAGGAGCUCUGCCCCCUACUUCCCCACGGAGUGUCCUGACCCUCCAAAGACAGAUCUGUCAAGAGAAGCCAUCCCGCUAAAUGACCUCAAGUCUGAAGUGUCCCCCCGGAUUUCAGCAGAGGACCUGAUAGACCUUUGUGAGCUCACGGUGACGGGCCACUUCAAAACACCCACCAAAAAGAGCAAGUCCAGCAAGCCCAAGCUCCUGGUGGUGGACAUCCGCAACGGGGAAGACUUCCUCCGGGGACACAUCGCGGGCAGCAUCAACAUCCCUUUCAGCUCCGCGUUCACGGCCGAGGGGGAGCUCACACCCGGUCCCAGCGCCACCCAGCUGCAGAGCUGCAAGGGGAAGGUCAUUGUCAUCGUGGGACACGUGGCCAAGCAUAUGGCGGAGUUCGCGGCUCAGCUGGUGAAGAUGAAAUACCCAAGAAUCUGCACACUGGACGGGGGCAUCAACAGGAUCAGGCCCACCGGUCUCCUCACUGUGCCUUCUCCUCAGAUCUGACUCGCCCACCCUGUUGGCGAUUCCCCCAGUGGGGUCUGCAGACAGUGCUUUUCACCUCCAGUCCCAGACGUCCAGCUGCCCAGGCAGCAGAUGGGGCCCUGCAUAUACCCGGGAAGGGACUCUGAGCCCUGAGAGCUGAGUGUCAGCUUCUGGACCGCUGAGAUGGGGAGCUGGGG